CCAUGAACUACGUAGGAAUCUUACCUCCCAACUCCUUGCUUUUUCAAAUGGAAUCUUAGCCUUAAGAUGGAGUCUCUCCUACUCAUGCUAUACUGUUUGUAUCUCCGCAUAUUUCAUCACGGACAGGAAAAAUUAAUCAUGAUGCCUGUCCAUGCCCCUGCUCAACCUCAUUAAGAAGUUCCUGCCUUCUUGCCUGCUCCACGCCCACAGACUAAAAGGGAAGUUUGUGUUGAUAAUCGUGUUGGAAGUAGUAACUGUCAACCUUAAAACAGCCAGUUGUUUUACCAGCAAAGUACGUUUUCUUCAGGAAUAGCAGAGGAACUGCAGUUUGGGACACACAAGCUAUGGCAAACCAUAGGCAAGUCUGGAGAUCAAAGGAGAGGAACUUCACUUUAGAGAGAAAAGCAGGAAGUUGGCAGGUGCCGCUCUGAGAGGAAGGCCAUUGGAGGAUGGGAGAAUUAAGGGUGGCGAGGUUUCUCACGGGCUGAGUCGCUGUGUUUUUUAAUGGCUGAGCUUGCUGCUGGACAGAGAGAAAUUCUUCCUUCCUGUGGCUGCAGUUGUAACAUAGGCUUCUCCUGUUGGGAGUGCAAGGUCUUCCCGUUGGGGUGUGAAAUUGGCCGUGAGUGCGAGGGCACAGGAGCACCCCCGUCUGGCCUCCUGACUCCAUUUAAAAAGUUUACUUUAUUCAGUUUCAGUUACUAAUUCGUGAGAGAAGUUUGGUUUUCUUCAAGAGAACACGUGAUGAGAAGUCUAUGAAAAUGAUACACGCGUCACCAAAAUAAGUAGAAUUAUGUACUGUUAGGUGGGUUGAUGGAAUCAGCAAAGUUUCAUGAGUCAGGUUUCAUUUAAUGAGUUUGAGAGAUUUUUUCCCCCUUGUUUUUCUUGGGUCCUUUUCUGAAAGCACAUGUUUUCUGCCUCUGCUCCACGCUGUAGAGAAGGUGUUGGAAAUUCUCUUCUGUAAAGUCCAGAUAUUAAAUUAUUAGGCCUUCAGGCCACAGGCUCUCAGUCACAACUAUUCAGCCUUGUCCUUAUGCAAAAGCAGCCACAGACAGUAGGUAAAUGAAUGGCAAUAUUUGUGAAAACGUAAUUAUGGACACUGAAAUUUGACUUGCAUAUAAUUUUCAUGCAUUUAAUUACAUAAUUUCAUGACAUGAAAUGGGAUUCUUUUGAGCCGCUUAAAAACUAAAAGUUUUUCUUAGCUCUCAAGUCUUACAAAAACAGGUCAUGGGACAGAUUUGGGCCACUGGCUACAGUUCACCAGCCCCAUGUUUAAGUCAAGAAAACAGUGUCUUUAUUAGGCUAAUAAGGUUAAUUUUCCCUUCCUUCAACUUUUGCCUAGUAUAUAGCUCUAUUUGAAUAUGAAAACAUAUCAAUGUAAAUUCAGUUAGUUCUAUUUUAGUGAAGGUUCCUUGACUGUAUUCCCAGCAUGAACGUUUUUAAGGAAUCCCAGCUGCCUAACUGACUGACAGACAUUCAGAUUUGCCAAGAAUAAGUUACAUAAAUUCUACUUUGGAUAGAGUCCUUUCUAGAACAAACACCAAAGUAGGGAGAGUGUACAACUAAGGAGGCUAGAUUUGAAAUCCGUCGGGCUCAUUAGCUAUUCCAGGUGGUCCCUCAGUUAGAACACGGUGGCCUCAAGCUGAGCACAGACACUGGGCUUGAGACGAGGACACACGCCCUUGGCUGGGUGCAGCCGUCCAAGAGGGAGCGAGCCCGGUCAUUGUCGCCCUCCUCCGCCCCCACAACCCCAGUCUGAAGGCGGGAUGCACUCAUGUCCUGGUUUCUCCUGCUUGGAAAACAUGCAGCCCUGGUGAAGCAUGCCAGGCCGGUGUCCCCUUCAGGGCCCAACAGGACCUCCAAGCCCCGUCCUUAGUGGACAGCUGCAGCCACUGGCUGCCACUCUUCCUGUCGGAUGCACCUACUCCUCACACCUACUUAGGAAGAGUCUGAAGAGUACUUAUCCAUCCAAGUUUGCAGACCCCGAAAUAGUUCCUCUUCAAGAAUUUGCCUGGGAUCAGUAUCUACAGGAGAAAAGACGGGAACUCAAGAAUGAAGUCUGGGAAUAUUCUUCCUACGUGAUGUGUUUUGUUAACGAUCAGCUCCUGGGGGACGCGCUUGACCUUCAGAAAUGGGCGCACAGGGUGUGGGAUGUAGUCGAUUUCAAGCCCCCUGCACUUUAUGAGGCGCUUACUGUGGAUUUUUCUGCUAAAUUCUUAAGGGCCACCAAGCAUGAUUUUGUGUUCUUGGACAUUUCUAUUGACUUCUGUCCAAUUGGAAGAUUGGUUUUUGAGCUAUACUGCGAUGCAUGUCCCAAAACAUGUAAAAAUUUCCAGGUGUUAUGCACAGGAAAAGCAGGGUUUUCGCAAAGUGGCGUCAGACUGCAUUACGCAGGCUCAGUCCUUCAUCGGGUAGUACGGAGCGGCUGGGUACAAGGAGGGGAUAUAGUAGCUGGAAAAGGAGAUGGGGGAGAGUCAAUUUAUGGACCAACAUUUGAAGAUGAAAACUUUUCAGUUCCUCAUAAUAAAAGGGGAGUUCUCGGAAUGGUCAACAAAGGCCAUCACAGCAACGCAUCACAAUUCUACAUCACACUGCAGCCGGCUCCCUACCUCGAUAGAAAAUAUGUGGCUUUUGGGCAGUUGAUUGAAGGAACAAAAGUUCUUGAGCAACUUGAGCUGAUUCCAACAGAGAAUGAAAGACCAACACAGCAAUGCAUAAUCAUCAACAGUGGAGAUCUUUAUGCCUGAUUUUUGGGUCAUUAUUUUCUGACAAUUAUGUAUCUGAUCAGCUGUUCCUAGAUUUAAUUAAAUAGUGCUGGACAAAAUAAAAGCUGCAGCUGACACUGCAGGGAGGCUCACCCAGCACCCGCCACCCUCCCCACUUUCCUUUUGUGCCUCUGCCAUGCAGACCAUGACAGCAGGGGCACCCGGUUUCCAGCCUCCUCUGCAGCCAGGAGGGCCAGGGGAAGGUGAGGCAGGGCAGCCGGCAGCCCUGCCCCUCUCCCGCCACCUAACCUUGACCACAGAGAGGCUGGGCCGUGAAGGAGACGCGGAAGAGCUGCAGAGACGGCAGCAUCAACUCUCGAGUCACUGAACGAGUGCCAGCAGCUGCCACCUAUGUCCGGACCUCUCAGUACUUGAGACAAAUAGACCCUGUUCGUUUGUGUUACUGUCGGUUUAAUAUCUUGCCACUUUAGCAGCAGUACCUAAUGGCCUCCGGAUCCUAAAACAUUUGUAACAGAAUCAUGCUGUUUGUAACUACAUUUCUGCUGUGAGAAAUUUGGUAAAUAACCAAAAGAGAAGCAAUAGCAAAAAAAAAAAAAAAUCGUGAUAUUUCAUUGUUUAUACAUAGCAUUCAGAAAAGGGUAUACAUUUUGGAUGUUCUUACAUGUCAGGAAAAGAUGCUUGUCUCUGGGCCACACCAACUCCGUGCAAAUCAACAGCUUGGGUUGGUCAUCGCCAUCCAAAUCAACCCGGUGUGGUUGAUUCUUGGUGUUAUUGGGGAUCCUGCUGUAUCAGCUGCUCCUUAAUCUGAGAUCCUCAAACCCAUGUCACCUGGGAUGCCUUUUAAAGAGACUGGGGGAGCCUGUCGGCGGCUGAGUCAGUGUCUAGCAGGGUCCAGGAUUCGUGCAUUAGUCCAGCCUUCUCCCCAGAAGUUCUUGCUUUGCCAGCCGAGAGCUCGUCAUUUGCGAGUCAGCAUAGGUGUGAGCAGCUGGUCUCCGCCGCUUUGUGAAAUCAGUGAUGUGCGGGACCUGUUAAUGGCGACCUUGGCCCGCUGCUGCCACGCUGCCGUCCCGCCCCGCUCUGCUCACAGCCACCGAACUUUCCUGCUCCAGUGAUCCCUCUUUGAGCCAAUCUUCAGGAGACAGGCCCUAAUGGACUUGGGGCUUGCAAAAGGGAGGCAUACGCUUGUUUUUUUUUUUAACUUUGCAUUUUGAAAUGAUUGUAGAUUUUCUGGAAGUUGCAAAAAUAGCACAGCUCAGUCCUGUGUACCAUUCAUCCGUUAUCCCCAAUGGGAACAUCUUACGUAACGUUAGUACGAUUAUCAAAACCAGGCAAUCGACAUUGGUACAAUGUGUGUGUGUCACUUUAUCGUGGGUAGUUUUGUGGGACCGACACCACAAGCAAGACAGAGAACCUUUUCAGAACCACAGAGACCCCCCGCGGGCAACCCCUUUAGAGUUAGACCUGCUUCCUUGCCCCUGACCAUCUCUAACGCCUGACAACUGGCAUGUGCUUGUUUUUUUUUAGUGCUUUGUUGCUCUAUGUCAUAUGCUUUUAUUCUAACCUCUGAGGCGAAUGGGAAAAGCAUGGUGCCUCUGUCACAUUUUCAGCAGACCUGGAGGCACCAUCGUGUGAAGAAUGCGUGUUCUCGAGCCCGCCAGCCGGGUUGGAGUCCGGGCUCCGCUUCUGCCCACCUGCACACAUCCAGGCACGAACGUCACCGUGCCGCUCUUUCCUCACCUCAUCUCAGGAGCGCCUACCACACAGCGUUGUUGAGAGGGUUCAGGGAAUCGGUCAUUUGUAUCCAGGACCUGGAAGAGGACCUGCUGUGCUCUGAGGGCUCAUUAAACGUGUGCUCAACAAAUGACUGGCACGUAACCUUCAAGGUGCUGCCUAGGAACGUGUAUUUUUUAAGAGCUCUUCAAUGACUCUGAUUAACAGAUCAGGGAGACGCUGAAGAGGUAUCUCCUCUUCCUCCAGGGAGUUUUGGUCAAGCUGAGAGCUCCUGCUGCGGGCACGAAGCCUCCUGGUCCUCACUGUGCAUGGGUUCCUCUGGUCCCCGGGGAACAUCGCAAAGGGGAGCUGAGCUUCCCACAGGGACGCUCACCACCCAGGGAAGCACACGGUGAGUGCCACCGCUGCUUUGCAGAGAUCUGGGAAACACAGGACGGCACUCCUCAGGGAACACAAGCGGCAGAGCCGUUCUUCCCGACAGUGAGCCUGCAUAUUGGGGCAUUAAGCAUUUUAUCUGAUAUUGGGAAAGAAUUGAGAUAUUUGUGUGAGCAUAAACUGAUUUCAGCUCCCUUUAUUUUUUAGUUUAGCUAUGAUGUAAAGGUAAAACUUUUUCAAUAGGAUUAAUUCGAAAAGGUAUAUCCUUAAA